AUGCUCGUGGACAAACCAUACUCGUCCGUCCGGUCAGCUCACCAGUUUCAACCGCGCUCAGCAACACCGAGCUUUUUAGAAGAGACCAUCACAGCCUUGUCUACAUCUCCAUUGGAGUCCGGCGUCAGUAUCUUUGAGCUAGCACGACACCCAAUACGAAUCAUCCUCGCCGAGUGGGCGCUCUACUCGUUGCUGAUGGGUCAAUACGUCAAGCACUACGAGUUCUCGUUUGAAACUGUAAAAGGUCUGAGCAGUACUGAGAUCAGCAGCAUCAUGCUCGAUCUUCACCGUUGGCGGCGGCGAGGCCAACGCAGCGUCGAAAAGCUGAUGGCGAUGAGAUCGUUUGUCGAUGAAGAUGGCGGGCCGAGCAAGGUCCUAUCCAGAGACAUCGACUUCAUUUCUCAGCAGAUCGUUCAAUAUCGGCAGUCUUUGGAGUCAAUGGUUCCGAUGCUUAUGUCGAUGGUCCAGCUUAUGGACUCCCGUCGUGGCAUGGAAGAGACCGUAUACGUCAAACAGCUGACCCACAUUGCAUUGUUUUUUCUACCGUUGUCCUUCGUGGCGAGUCUCUUCAGCAUGAAUGAAGGAUUCGCGAUCAACUCAAGUGGGUUCAAGAUAUACCUUGCUGCCGCACUUCCGCUACUCGCACUAGUUUUGCUAGCGUCGUAUCUUCCGAAGUGGGUCAGUAGUCACUCUAUCAGCAUGAGAAGCCAAGGCGUAGAAAGUCGUCAUUCAUAA